AUCCCGGAUGUGACGUCAUAUCAAAACAACACGGUUUCAUUGGAUGAUGGCGGAAAGUGACGAGCUGUCUUUUCUGAAAGACCAAUGAACCGCGGGAGAGGGCAUCGUCGUGUCUCUCAUUCUCAGAGGAGGGGUGCACCAGCAGGAGGGGAAUGGAGACAGAGGAAUGAAGCGCAAUGGCGAGGCCAAGGCAAAACACAGGGGAGGGAGGUGGAGGAGAAUGAGAGACGUGAGCAACAGGUCAAAGAAACCUUGCCCAGGGGGACCUGCCAGACCAUGUGCCCCGCUCGUGAGCUGCGGGACCGUGAGGCGCAGUGCCGCCUUCACCGUUUCGAGAUGUUAGCCGGCACAGAAAGAGAUCGACGGCCCAGGGGAGACUCCUUGCGUGCUGUCAAAGAGUAUUCCAGACCAGCAGCUGGGAAAGACUCAACGAACCCCCCUGACCUUCGUCCACCUGCAGUGUUGCUGAAAACUGUCUGUUACCUUAUUGAUGACAUCGCUGCCUCCCCUCAUCCUGAACCUUGGACGGAGGUGUACAGCUUCGUCUUUGAUCGGCUUCGAGGUGUGAAGCAGGACAUGAUCAUCCAGAGGGUGUCUGGGUCAAACUGUGUGGCCAUUUUAGAGCGCACGGUGCGUUUCUUCAUCUACGCCUCUUAUCGGCUCUGUGGUGAGCCCCUGCGGCUCUACGACCCACGCAUUAACGACACGCACCUACAGGAGAAUCUGAGUUGGCUGUUGGAUUGCUACGCAACUGGAACAGGGCCACAUCCCAACCAAGAAGAGUUCCAGGCUCUCGGUCUGCUGUACAACUUGGGUUCAGCUCGGGCCACGCAGCACAUCAUGGAGCUCCCUGGGCGACUCCGCAGCUCUCCUGCCAUCACACUCGCUCUUUCCAUCAACAGAGCUUUUCUGGAGCGAAACCCUGUGUGUUUGUUCCGAUUGUCUCAGAGGUUAAACUUCCUGCAGAGCUGUGCACUGCACCGUCAUCUGGUGGCGUGUCGUAGAGAUCUGCUGCUUAUAUACAGCCACGGAUUCAGCAGCCGCAACUGUCGCUUUCCUCUUGACAGACUGGCUCGGCUCUUGUCCUUAGACACGUCACUCACAGCUCGACUCUGUCAGGCGCACGGAGUGGAGGUUAACAAGGACAACCAAGUGGUGUUCUCCAAGGCUGCUUUCACUGAGCCUGAACAAGGGAAACUGCACUGCAAACUGUAUCACAACAUAGUGGCUGAGAAACAGAGAGACCUCAGUAUUGGGAACGUAAUUCACGGUUGUGCUUGAGACAAAUAGGAGGAGUGGCUCAAUAAUACAAGUAAUGUGUUGCUUUAUUGGUUUUCACAGGGAAAGUGUAUGCUUGCUCCAGUCCCUGUACAACUCUGCAAUCACUGUGCAGCUGGCAGGGGUUUAAAGUCUUGUUUAAGGACACUUCAGCAGUGCAGCUGUCUUGUAAUUAAGUGGUUUUAUCUUUCUAUUCUUGUUAUUGGAUUUGAGCCUUGGGGCUUCCUUGUAGGAUGCUCAACGCCAGUAUGUUUUACCAAUAAAAUACUUUACAUAAUGUUAAACUCAAGGUUCAGGGUUGUUGAGCUAAUUUUGUGCCAUGCUCUACCUAAGAGAGGCUGAACUCAGGGGGAAAAAAGUUCCCUCUUGGUUCUGAAUGUGCUUUUACAUGCUCAUCAUGGACUUGGUCUGUGAAUUACUUUAAGAUGUGAAUUACUUCUUAAAUUGUUACUGUUAACUGGUUAUAUUAAUAGUUUAAAUAUUAUGUUUAUGCCAUAUUGUGUUUUUGUCAAGUAUUUCAGAACACCUCCUGGAAAAAGUACUGUGCAUCACUGUUCGUUUAUUCUCAUCAAUGCAGCUCCUCAGAAGCAUUUCAAUAAAAUUUUGUUACCUAGAAGA